ACACAGUUGAGACUACUGAGUUUCUCGGUGAAAGCGCAAAGACGGGGCGAACUUUUUUCCCCCCUCAGGAUCCUUUAGUAGAAUAUGGAUAAGAGUUCUGGAGCAUUCGGCGACUAACAUCUGUGAAAGCAGAUGUAUGAAACAACCGCUCCUAAACAGACACGUAAAAGAGAAAACAGCAAUUAGCCCAAAAACAAAGUCACAUAUCUUUGCUAGCUUGGAAUUAACAAGCGUGGCCAUGAGAUGAUCUUAACCGUCACCCCUCCUGUUUUUGAUCCCCGCCUCACACUUCACAGGAAAACAGCCUAUAUGAAUGGCAGUAAUACGGGCACAGAUCCAAGUACGGUCUUCAGGGGAAAGUCAGCCAAGGCCCGUAGGAGUCACAAUGGAGGUCUAUAGAGGACGCACAGGCUGACAGACAGUUCAGCGGGUCCUCGGCGCAGAUAAGUCACCCCUAUACAGACCAGACGAGGGUUCAUUGCUAUUGACCUGCGAGAACAGCGCGUCCACUGAGCCUCCCCACCUUGAAUGGCCUUGUUGAAAAGGAGAGCCAUAAAUUGGCAGAUGAGCAGUGAGAGGAAUGGGGUGGGGGUCUACUCUGCCUCCCCUCUUCAUCCCACCUCCCACUCUCUCUUGCUCUCUCACAUGCUAUCUCUUUCUUUCCUUUACCAAGUAGUGGUUUCCAUCUCACCAAACCCCUUUCCCCCUGAAUGUUUAAAAAGAUGAAAGGAUAAGGAAAAGAAUGGAGACAAAAGAGCGCAGGCUUGUGUUACAACCCUGCCCCUGAGAGACUGCUCAUGAAAGAGUUCGGGGAUGGGAGAGAUAGGGACCUGGAGAGGAGACACAGAAAGAGAAGGGGGGGAUCGUGAAAAGAGGGUUUUCAGGCCGCUAAAACGGGUCACUCUUGUAUUGAGAGGCAGACUAAAGUGCAGUCUUCACUCUGAGUUGGAGACAUUUAACACUGUCAGGACCAUCAGAUGGAAGGCGGCGUUGAUAUACUUGUACUCACUGAGUGAUUGCACAAGCGCACAUGACUUCAUGUGCACACGCUUUGUUUGUCUUAUCCUCAUCCAGCGUACAGUAGAAGCAGAGAAUCUUCUGAGAAUUUUCGGGAUCGUCUUUGCCAAUCAAACACAAACACUUGCGCGCACAUACAUACACACUCCCUGGUGUCUCCUUUGCGGCAUUCCUACCCCUUGGCAUUUACUGUCAGUCGCUCGAAAUCCGUUCAACCCUCCCACCAUUCUCUCUAUCUCCUUCCCUGUCUGAACUUGCCCUGCGUGCACUUAGAUAUUUCCACCUCGGGGUGCAUCAAUGAGAGUUUGAGUGGUUGAGAGAAACAGAGCAAGAGAAAGUUGUUAGCUCGGUGUGGAUGGGAAUCACCUUCAGACAAAGCGAUGACUGAAAAGGCAGGGAUGCGUUUUUCUCGGGCUUUCGCGUGCAUAUUUAAGACAUGCAAAUGUAACUGUGACCGUUUCACAACCGAGGAGACCCAGAGGUUUAUCUCAGGCAUUCAUUCACAGAACAAGUUUUGCUUCAUACUACCACUCUAACACGUCACAUUAAAAGCUUUCCUUAAUCCUUAAGUCAUCAAAACCCUUUAAAGUUAAGCCACACUAUUUAGCAGGUAAAUUCAGUGCUGUACAGUGGUUUUCUGUUUUCAGCAAACAACAGUAUCAUGACUGAAACAGGUUUCCGGUCUUUUAUUAAAGCCCCGUAAAGAAAACAAACAAACAGAUUUCUUUUAUAGCACAGCGCUGCCUUGUACAGAGUCUCUCCCUUCAGAGGAGCAAUUGAAUUUGACUCCACACGUGAUCCACCUUUUGGAUCCCGACAUCUUCAACUGGUUCUCAUUUUGAAGUUUCCAGAUGUCACUCUUACUCCCUUCGGCCCCUGUGAUGAAUCUUUCCCACAGGCAGCGCCAUCAGACAUCAGCUUGUUGCUUCUGCACUGGACAUCCUCCUGCAUUUGAAACUCGGAUCCGAGCGAAAUUGGAAGGUAGCUAUUAUAGCAAUUAUUGCAAAUAGCUGAGCCGAGCUGACAGGGCGAGGCUCUCAGUCUGUCUGUCCACAACAGAGCCACCAAGUCAGGCCUCAAUUACACAUCCUCAGCCUCCCCAAGGUACCUGGUGUCAGUCCUCCAUCAUCUCCUCUUCCAUCUUCACUCACUUUGAUCCUUAUUUUAGUGUCUUCACCUGAUUUCCUGACAUUUUCAAUCCUUUUCCGUGUUUCUUCCAUCACUCGCCUCACACCCGCCGCAUUCCACCUCCUGCUCACCCCUAAAAAAACCCUCUCUAAUGAAAACUGCACUGCCAGUGCUACCACACACGUACACACUGAGGUAUAGCUGCAUGUGUUUCCAAUUUCAGGCGUAAUGCUCCGUUCUCCGCAAUCUGACCCAAUUAGCCAGAGCCUCCUGGAAAUGCCCCAGUCGCCAGACACGGUGGCAAAGAGGUAAAGGUCAAAGGUGAGGUCAUUCAUGGGGGAGUCAUUCAUGCAUCACCUCCUGCCUGCCUGCCUGUCUGUCUGUCUUUGACAUCCCUGUGCGCGCCACUUCAGCUGCUGUCCAGUUUCCCCGUGAACAUAUUUAGCACAGGUGUAGGUUUGAGCACAAAAAGCAAGCCAAGCCUGAAAUUGAAUUUCACAGCUUACUAAAGGUCAAAGAGGAUGACAGGGUCUGGAGCCAGACCACACAUAAACAUGCAAACAGCGCACAUGUACACCGAAGACAAGAAUGCACACACACACGCACGCGCCCAUACCGAUACACUGCCGCUCUGACAAACAAACAGCACAUGCGGCUACAAGUCUUUCCUGCAUGAAACUGAAAUUAGCGUAUGGAAUGUUCACCUUCGGGAAAACAGUUUGGGAGGGAGAGGGAAUAUGAGCAUCAAAGCUCCAAAGCCCUCAUUAGGAGAACGGGGUUUGGUAAUUCAGUUUAAUGCCUAAUUAGAAACAGGUUCAAAUGGGUGCAAAAUGCAGACUGGCGCUGUGUUGCAUUGCAUAGCAGUCUGCCUCGUUCCACGUCUCUCUCAGUUUGGAUUUUGUGUGAUGUGCGAUGUAGCUGGGUCAUUGUCAGUUUACGAAACGGUUUCACACAACGCAUGCACACACUCUGCACGUCUUGUUUACAUCGUCUGCAUCGCUGUUACCUCUCCCCUUACAGCACCUCUCUCUCUCCCGCGGAUCAGCUCUCAGUAACUCCUCCUCGUCUCCUUAUCUGUGCCUCCUCAGUGUCCUGUUACAGGACCCAGUCCACCUACAGAGGCUACACUUUCAUUCAGUCUGGAUCCCCUAGAUUAGACAUGCAGCCUAAAUAGUGAGUGAUCUAUUUACAGUUACAUCCUCCAUGACGCCGGCACAGUCCACAUCUUCCUCGGUUUCUCCCCUUUGCCCUCGCCGUUCCUCUCCAUCCCCUCACCUCCUCUUCCAUGUGCCCUUUUUUUUGCCAACGGGGGAAAAAAUGUUACACAUUGUAAACUUUACUCACUGUACAACACCCGUAGGAUUGAAUUUCAGUGGCAGACUUUGUGUUUGAACUGGUCUGGCAAUUAGUAGAGGAUAGACUUACGGCUCACCUACUGCACAAUGGAAACACCGGCCCAGUUGUACAAGCCCCUGUUCCCAUUCUGCCCCUCUCCAUCUGUCCUCCUGUGGGACUGUGUGUGAGCGGUGGGUGUGCAUGGAAGGGUAUGUUUGAAAUUCUUGUAGGUUGCACAGUUUCAUGUGUGCGAGUUUAAAUUUGUUGUUGCUGGCACCGGAUAAAAAACAUCAAACUCAGUAGAUGCCAAGACUUUAAGAAUACAGUACACAAUGCACUAACAUCUGGCUUAUAACUGUGAUGUUGUUAUGAGUAGAAACUAGUGUUUGUUAAUGUAUAAUUUGUGUAAUAAUCAAAGAUAUGCCCUUAUAAAGGUAGGAUAACAAAUACUCUACAUGAAAAGUGGAAACCUGUGAGGCAGAAAAAUUAAUCCAAUGCAAUUUGUCUAAAAAGCAAUUGAGGUUGACUCCAUCAGCGAGCCAGUUCUCACAGACGUCCACAUUAAGAUGUUCAGCUUUGAAGCAUUAAAAAACAGGUUUACAGUGUGUUGCAAACAAUGUUUGAUCUCUGGUUAUAGUUUCUCUCGUAAGGUAUAGAUUUAUGGAUGUGGCUGCUUUGAUUAACAUUGAUUAACCUUACCUGCACUAAUUCAGUUCCCUAAAUCGAACCACUCAAAUGUCUCUCUUUGGCUUUUAGACAUUUGUUAACAGAAUUAUCCUACAAAUGCUGUGCAGUAUAGCCUAUGUGAGAAGCUUGUGCUCCAGUUGUGAUGACGCAAGGACUGUGACUUCGCCUCCCAUCCCCUCUUCGUCUUCAUCAUCUCCACGUCCCUGCUCUGCGUGUCUCUCCCGAUGCCUCGCUCUUGUCGGAUGGGAAACAGCGACACACAGCAGACAGGAUGACAAACCAGCCGACAGCCAACCAGUCCAACGCAAACAAGGAGAAGGAGAAAGAAGAAAACCAGCGAGAUGACAACACGGAGAUUGCGUAUAAAGAUGCUGGCCAUUGUAGCCGCAACACACACAACCUGCUGCUGGGACUCACGGUUAUGGGCGUCGUCAUGGGAGCCGUUUUUGGGAUGAUGCUGCGGUACAUGCAGGUGACAGACAGCGCCGCUCUCACAAUGGUUUCCUUUCCUGGAGAAAUACUCAUGAGGAUGCUGAAGAUGCUCAUCCUGCCUCUUAUUAUCUCCAGCCUUAUCACAGGGCUUGCUGGUCUAGACGCGCGCUCCAGUGGAAGGAUGGGUAGCCGAGCCAUGGUGUACUACAUGUCCACCACUGUAAUCGCUGCCGUCCUCGGGGUCAUCCUAGUGUUAGGGAUCCACCCAGGGAACCCUAAACUGAGGGGAGGCAACUCAUCAUCCACCUCCACGAAAAACCAGGAAGUCAGCAGUCUGGACGCUUUCCUUGACCUGAUUCGAAACCUCUUCCCAGAAAACCUGGUGCAAGCCUGCUUCCAGCAGGUUCAGACGGUGCUGAAAAAGGUGCCGGUCGCAGCACCAAACCAAACUGAGCCCAUAUUAGUCAACAGAAAAAAACUGGAAUACAAAUGGGGCAUGAACGUCCUCGGUUUAAUUGGCUUCUUCAUCACCUUUGGGAUCUGCAUGGGCCGGAUGGGCGAGCGUGGGAAGGUCAUGUGUGACUUCUUCAACAUCCUCAAUGAAAUUAUCAUGACGAUGGUGUCCAUGAUCAUGUGGUACUCUCCUGUCGGCAUCGCCUCUCUGAUUGCAGGAAAGAUCGCAGCUAUCGGGGACCUGGAGGUGGUAGCCAGGCAGCUGGGCAUGUACAUGGUGACUGUCAUUGUGGGUCUGGUGAUCCACGGGGGCUUGAUCCUACCCGCUAUAUUCUUUGCAAUCACCAGAAAAAGCCCCUUUGCUUUCUACUCUGGGAUCUUCCAGGCGUGGAUCACAGCCUUGGGCACUGCUAGCAGCGCGGGGACGUUGCCGGUCACCUUCCGCUGCCUUGAGGAAAAUCUGAAGAUUGACAAGCGUGUGACUCGCUUCGUGCUGCCCAUAGGUGCCACCAUUAACAUGGACGGCACCGCCUUGUAUGAAGCCGUGGCCGCCAUCUUUAUUGCCCAAAUGAAUGACAUCACCCUGGACGGUGGGCAGAUCAUCACUGUCAGUAUGACCGCCACACUGGCCAGUGUUGGAGCCGCCAGUAUUCCUAGCGCUGGACUGGUAACCAUGCUACUGAUCCUGACAGCUGUCGGCCUGCCUACCCAGGACAUCAGCCUGCUGAUCGCUGUCGACUGGCUGCUUGACCGAAUGCGUACCUCCAUCAAUGUUGUUGGCGACUCGUUCGGUGCCGGGAUUGUGGAUCACUUGUCAAAGACGGAGCUCACCGAACUUGAUGCAGCCGAAAUGCAAACGCUCCCGCAAGAGGAAGAGCUCGAUUUCGUCCCUCCGCCGCCAAUCCUCACGGAGAUGGACAUGGUCGACCCUCUCAAACCGCCCGAGCUGCCUCCUCGUUCCCCUCGCCCACCCAAACAAAACCACCACAGUCACAUACUCUCCCAAUCCCACUCCAUCACUUACUCGCCAUCCCGUUCUAUCCGGUCUCCGUCACCACGCUCCAUCAGUUCUCCCUCUCCGCGUUCUGUCUGUUCCCACUCUCCCAGGCCUUUCCGUACUCAUUCCCCACGCCUCCUGCGCAGGACAGAGCCGGGAUAUUGUGUCCUGCCCAGCCAUGACAAUCAGAUUCCCACACUGCCGCGCUCCUACAGAGAGAGAGAGAGGGAGCGAGAGAGAGACAGGGAGCGGGAGCGACUGAGGCGAGAGAGUGAAACUGAGGAGGAAGAGGAGAGGGAGAGGGUUCUGGGCGAAGUAAGCGACGGCGAGGAGAGCGAUGACACCGCUUAUGAUCGAAGGCACGCCAUCCCACCGUGCGACCUGCCGUGAUCAGAUUUCACCACCAGCGUGUUUCACAGUCGAUUUGUUUCCACUUUUACGACAGGUUUUAACCACUUUCAGCUUCGCUCUUCAGUGGAGGUACAGAGUGGGUUUCUAGCUGGUUGCAUUGCUAAUUUUUCAAUGCACGGAUCUUAAAAUGUCAGGAUGGCAAUGUAGUAAUAUUCCCAAGAAGGGCCCUUCAAACCAGGCCUGAGACUUUUGCUCUGUGGUUGGAUGAUGAAAGAGUUUCUUUUCCUCCUUAUCUUAUCCACUCCAGUCUUGAUUUAUAAUUUUUCUUCUGAAAUCCACCCAAAUCUAAAAUGUUCCCAAACACAUAAACGUCCAAGAUUUCGACUGAUGCCAGAGAAUGUGAGUCUGCUCUUGAUGAAAAAAGUCUGCUGGUGUUCUUACCAGCCUUGUAACGCACAAACAGGAAUUCGUUUUGCUCAGAUUCCCUUUGCUUCCCUUUAAGGAAGUUUUAAAAAAUGUAGUUUUAAAAGAAAAGUUUGACAUUUUGAGGACAUUUGCAGUGAUGAAAAAUUGUAUUCACAGUUAAAGACUAAUAUCAUUAACUGUAAAUAUAUGUAGAACUUCAGGUAUUUUUCAGUGGAAAACGGCUGGCCUGGUUCUCUUUCAAGGUCAUAAAAACAUUUACUAGCACCUUUAAGUUUAAGUUUAAAAACUGAAUUUAAAAUGUGGACUUUUGCUGGAUAUUUAUUUUUUCACUUAAGUGACAGUUUGAUCCUUUCAAAGCCUUGCAUUGCAGGUGGUCACCAGUACUGGUGGAUUUACUGGUGGAGAUAACCAAGAUAGCUGAUUCCUACUAGUGUUUUGGCUGAGAAAACUAGCAGGUAAACUGUAGCUUUAUAUUUAGUAUACUGAUAGAAAGUACUCGUUUUAAUUUUGCUUUAUCAAUAUAGUUCCGUACGUUUGAGACCCUAGGGUACUGGAGUGAAAACCUCCAGAAUCAGAUGAUCCCCUAUGAGCAAGCAGCAGGUGACAGUGGGAAGGAAAAACUCUCUUUUGACAGGAAGAAACCUCCAGCAGAGCCAGACUUGGGGAGGAAAGCCAUCUGCCGUGGCUGGCUGGGAGGCUAGGGAAAAGGAAAAGGAUACAAAGGAGUAAAACGAGGUGCUCAUUGCAGUCUGAGCCUAUUGCAGCUUAACUAACGGAUGCUCCAGGGUCACCUGAUCCAGCCGUAGCCUUGUCGGAAAUGAAAGUAGAGUUUUUCACAUGUGAACUGACUGCAGCUAUGACUAAAGCAGAUUUCUUCCUGUUAUGUGCUACACGCGAAAACUCAUCAUGUGCAAUGAGUUUGUGCGUGAAAGCCGCAAGACAAAUAGAUCUCCCUAUUUAAGACAGCAAAUAUCUUUCAAAAUGUUGAACUAGUCCUUUAAAACUACCAACUGAUACUUUACAUCUGGCAGACAGUAUUUUAUACAGUUCUCUAGCUUCUUUUAGCUCUUUACAUGUUUAUCCUCAGUGCUCUUUUACCUCAUUCCCUCCGACAUCAGUCACCGUUGAUGUUAAUAUUGUCUAUAUUAUCUAGGGUUUGUAUUUGCUUUGUUGUGGUCUGGUGUGUGAAAUGAUGAAUUUUAGGCCAGAAGCUGUUUCAAUUUUGUCGUUCGUUUAAAUUUACUUGUUAUUUUACUCUUACUUAUUAUUUAAAUUUGUUAAUUGCUGUAAAAUAUCAUCUUCUGUCCCACUGAACUGCCUUUCAUUUCAAAUUGAACUUCAUGAACUGCCUCCCUACAUCUUUGAGUCUCAAUGCAGAGUCACAG